AUGGCGACUCCUUUAAAACAUAGAAGUAGCAUCUGGAAUCAUUUUCAAAUAAAACGGGAUGAUGACACAAAAGCGACUUGUUUAUAUUGCAAUGUCAGCGUUUCUCGUGGUAGCAAAGCAGUUUCAUCGAAGGGCUUCACGACAUCUAACAUGUGGACACACGUGAAGCGCUAUCACGAAAAGGAGUUGGAAAAAGACACCCCAGGUACCUCAAGCGCCGACGGUGGCCCGCCGCCUAAAAAACAAGCUACUUUGGAGCACAUUUUGGAAAAAAGUGUCAUGUAUGAUACCGAUGACCCUAGGCCAAAAGCGAUCACGCAAACAAUAGCUGAACAAAUGUGUGUAGACAUGGAGCCGUUUGACUUAGUAAAUAAACUGGGGUUUUAA